UAGUUUUUUCUGCUUCUGUAAAGCAUAUUUUGUCGGGCUAGUACAGAAAAAAUCCAAUUAUAGAGAAAGCAAAUUAAUGUAAGUACAGAAUCGAUUUUUAAAACUAUGACCCGCCAUCCCUGUUCAUCACGCCACAAUUUUCGCCAAUCGCAUCGCUUCUGCCCACAUUUUGUGAACGGCACAUAAUGCAAUUGGGGACCAAGCUCCGUUCACUACUUGUUAUUGAGCGUUUCUCUUUUCAAACUGCGAUGCAGACUAGGACAGAUACAGCCCAAACAGUUCGCGCCUGAUCGUCUAGGUAAGUACACGUAUGUCACAUUGUGAAGUUUGAGUUGUUCGAAAUGCGUGUUAGAUUACGGAAAAUUUAAUAUAAACGUUUAUAAUUUACGAGUGAUUUGUUUACAUAUAAAACUUUAAAGACUAUUAGUGCCGGACGUGCCAAAGGCCCCAGGAAUUUCAUCUUUGUUGUGAGGAAUCCGGUGGUUCUUUAAAUCGGCAUCAUGGAUAACAACAGAUAUAACCAGGCACAAAAUUACCGCCGGAAUUUCCCGAGAAACCCUUAUGAUCGAGAACCGCCUCAAAGAGGCAGUGGCCACUAUAGACAUAGCAAUAGAGGUCGUGAUACUUCCAAUCGCAACUACCCUAACAGAUUUCCUAAUAAGGAUCGUUGGCAGCCUCCUCAAAGAACUUUCGAUGAUCAUGGUAGAGAAGUGUUUCAUAAUCGAGUUCGGAAAGAGCAGCAAAGCAGGCCAAACCCCAAUGCAGUUGAACCUACUGUAGCUCCACCUCAAUUGACUGCUAUCGAGGAAAAAGCUAAAAAGUUCCUGCAAACAGCAUUCAGCCAGAACGGUGUUCGAUCCAAGCUAAUAUUUUUGGAAAACAUCAACGAUCCUUUGCAAACAAUUCAUGGAACUGUUAGUAAUUGCCAGCUGCAGCUGACUGUAGUGCAGAACUGCCCCGGAGAAUUCACGUUGUCAAUAGACAAAGAAGAAAUCGCAAAAGGAAACUUUCCUACUCUCGCAAUUGCUAAGAAAGCCCUGGCUGAACAGGCGCUGGACAUUUUAAAAAAGGACUGUUUUUACAUCACUAAGAAAAAGGAGUAUGAAGAAGUCUCAACUAAUGACAAGAAAGCCGAGCAGCAAAGUCACCCAGAAUCGAAACUUGAGGGCAGCAAAGCCUACCAGAUGAUGCUGAAAAUGGGGUGGAGUGGCAAAGGGUUGGGCCUCAAUGAACAGGGCGCUGAAAAAACAGUGGCAGAAACGCUGGAUCAGAACAUCAGCAGGCAGGGCUUGGGAUUGGACGAUGUGUUCAAGAAAAUCCACAAAGUCCUGGAAGAUUAUGCAAAAUCCCCCAAAAUGAGCCUUCUAAGAUUUGAUGCGGAUUUCACGUCAGAAGAACGAGCUCACAUUCACAAAAUAGCACAAAAAUUUGGCUUGAAAUCGAAAAGCGAAGGUAAAGGCGAGCAAAGGAGACUCACAGUCACAAAGAAGUUGCACAGAGGCGACUUGGUUUAUAAUCUGUUGACUUGUGGGCUUGAGAACGAUUUGUAUAAACUGAGCAUUCCUCCUCAUUUUCAACACUUGUGGCAGGAUGCGGAUGAAGAUGAAGACGAAGAUGAUACAUAUCAGCCACAGUUUUCCAGUUAAAAUUAACAGAUCAAAUUCCACAUUUAUUUGUGUGCGUGUCUGUUUGCAGUAUUAAAUAACUCGUUUUUGGCGGUCGAAAUCAAAGCAGUCUCCSAAACWARWCAAAUUGAUAGGAAAGUGCUAAACUAAGUAKMAAACUAAGUAACUGCUUUAAGUGAAUUUGCAUGGGGGCCCAUCAAUUGGCAUAAUUUCAGCCACUGRUGCAUGAGAUGUUAGURUGCACAUGUUUAGGCUUGGACUCGAUAAUYACCUUAGAAAUUACAGUUUUUAAUUAAUUAGUUGAUAARUUGCUUUCGAUUGUUGUUUAARCAUUUCAGUGUUWAUUUUUUUCACAGGCAUKGCAGUUKAAUUAGGGGAAGAACAGUUUUKCGUUAAUUAAAGAAACGAAGAAACGUAAUUUUUUUGRGYUUCAAGCUUUACGCGUGUAUUUUWAAAARAAAWUUUGUAAAAUGUCCAUKUAAGUACUAAUCUGUUGUAUCMAGAUAAUUUUUUUCCAUUAUAUCUUUGACCUGCA